AUGCAGAGCUUCGCCAGGUUUGCUCGGGCGUCGCCCCGCGUCAAGGCUUCCCUCUCAGCCGGCCGCCUCUCGACCGCUGGAAGCGUCCGAUACGCUUCCUCUCCCAGCAGCGGCGAGUCCCUCAAGAAGACGCCGCUGUACGACUUCCACGUCGCCAACGGCGCCAAGAUGGUGCCCUUUGCGGGCUACCACAUGCCCGUGCAGUACUCGUCCCUGUCCCUGGCGGACUCCCACCACUUCACGCGGAACCACGCCUCGCUGUUCGACGUGAGCCACAUGGUCCAGCACAUCUUCAAGGGCCCUGCCGCGGCGGCGUUCCUGGAAAAGGUGACGCCUUCGUCGUGGAGCAGCAUGGCCCCCAUGAGCGGGAAGCUGACGACGUUCCUGUGGCCCGGCACGGGAGGCAUUGUGGAUGAUACGAUUGUCACGAGGAUUGGGGAGGACGAGUUUUACGUGGUGACCAACGGGGCGUGUCUCGACAAGGACACCAAGUACAUUGACGAGGAGCUGGGCAAGUUUGGUGGCGAUGUGCAGUGGACGAGGUUGGAUGGGUCGGGACUGGUUGCUCUGCAGGGCCCCCAGUCGGCUGAGAUCCUGAGCGAGGUCCUUGCCACCGACAUCAACCUGAAGGAGUUUUACUUUGGAAACACUGUUCAGGCGGAGCUCAAGCUUGCGGACGGCAGCAAGACGCACCCCGUCUUGAUCAGCCGCGGUGGCUACACCGGAGAGGACGGCUUCGAGAUCUCCUUCAACGGCAAGCUGUACCCUGCCUUCGAGAGCACCGUCAAGGCCGUCGAGUCCCUCAUCAAGACCGCCGGCCCCGAGCGUCUCCAGAUGGCCGGCCUCGGAGCCCGCGACUCGCUCCGUCUGGAGGCGGGCAUGUGCCUCUACGGCCACGACCUGGACGACACCACCACCCCCGUCGAGGCAGGCCUGAGCUGGAUCAUCCCGCCCGAGCGGCGCAAGGCCGGCGGCUUCCACGGCGCCGAGGUCAUCCUGCCGCAGCUGACGCCCAAGUCCAAGGGCGGCGCGGGCGUCGAGCGCAGGCGCGUGGGCUUCGUCGUGCAGGGGGCGCCCGCGCGAGAGGGCGCGGAGAUCCAAAAGGACGGUGAAAAGGUCGGCACCAUCACGAGCGGCGUGCCGAGCCCGACGCUGGGCAAGAACAUUGCCAUGGGGUACAUCAAGGACGGACUGCACAAGGCCGGGACCGAGGUGGACAUUGUCGUGCGUGGGAGGAAGAGGGCGGGCGUUGUGACCAAGAUGCCGUUUACGCCUGCCAAGUACUGGAAGGCUCCGGCUUAG